AUGAAGCAACUGUGGGACAGCGAUCGUGCUCUUACGAAGCCCCUUAACAGCCUUCCUCAAAGUACGACAUCGUCUUCUGCCGGAGAUAUCUUGCCAUCUGCACCACCAAAUGCGUCAGACAUCAUCUCACCUCUCGACUCACAGUUGGACAAAGAUACUGCGAAUGCCAUUGGAAAUGAAGCACCAAGCUCUGUGCCUAUUCCAUUCGUCACUCCUCAAGCCUUGCAUUACAAUGUCGAGCAGGUUACCUCCGUUCCUGAGGCUCUAGAGCCAACCGUGCAAACGGAGACUACCGAGCUUGAUGCAUCUAGCCCGCAAGAGCAAAACCAGGAUGCAUUGGAACUGGAAGUCAAUAUCCUGACUCUUAGCGAGAUGGAAUUUGCCAUACCGCUGUCUAUGGACUGUCGAGUGAAGGAUGAAUACGAUAAUACCCUGGAAGGUGAGAACAAAUAUGUGGAAAAAUUUUUGGAAUUAUCGCCACAAUCGAGUGACAUGGGAUCUCUUGAAGGAGAUAGCCAAGGACUGAUCACUAGAAUGGCCACUCUAGUCGAGAAACUUGACAAUAUUACGACACACCCUGAUAUCGACAUCGCUAGCCAGGCCGCUGGAGCUUCUCCUGAUACAGCUAAAGAAGCUUUAUGGGCUGAAUACUCGAGCUCAAAGUUCCAAUAUCUUGGUUACCUUAUUGACGCCUCUAAUGAACUUGACCUACACAUUAUCAUAAUGGCGAAACCAGGGAGAACCGUUGAUGUAGUCAAGCGCUACUUGAUGGGCAAGAAUUUUAAUCAAGCACCUUUCCCAGGAGGCGAACACGGAGACUCUCCUGCUAUUUUCAGCAAAGAGAAAGUCAGCUUCGAAGUACGGUCAACCACCGACGAGCGGGGCAUGCUAGCAUCGAGACUACCGUCUCUUAUCAUAGCCCUGGAUAGCUCCUUUGACGUAAACCUUGAGCCUGUAAAGAAGCUUAGGGUUGCUCACGGUCACAGUACCCUUGUCCCCGUUGUCCGUUUAAUUAUCGCCAAUACCGUCGAGCAUGUCAAGGCAUGCCUUCCCAAAUGCACUGAAUUAACUAGACUUCGCUUGCUGGUACAACACACACUGGCUUGCAAUGAUUCGUCGGGAGAGCUACAAGACGAUGCUCUUGGUGUCCAGGAGAAUGCUGAAGAAACUCUGAUGUACGUCAUGGAUAACCCUGCUACCAGGACAUGGAAGCUUCCGUUUAUGGAAGCAUUGGAGAUAGAAGGACAAGGUGAAACCCCUGGCUCAGAGCUUGACCCAACUUCUUCUACCAAUGCUUCACGGCAAAAGAGAUGGCUGGAGAGUGAACUUAGUGAUAGCACCAAUCCAUCAAAACGACAGAGAAUAACACCAACUCAGGAUAUCACACAUGUUAGUGAUUCAGUGAGAGACCUAACGCAAACGGAUCAAAAUAGCAACCCUUCCGCUACACAAGGUCACACGAAUCAGUCUGCCACUGAUAUUGAGGCCCUUCGCAACGCACUAAUGAAUAGCAAAGCUAAAGUGAAGACGCUCGAAGCAAGUAUUGGUGCUCUACAAUACCGCUAUGAAGCGAAACAUAACCUAUUACAUCAGACUCGACAUGAGCUUGAGAUAGAAAGAGAGAAGUCUCAAAAGUUACAGACAAGGUUUGAGCGACAGAAAGAAGAAAUAACAAGAUUAAAGGACCGGAAUGCCGAGCUAGUUACGGAGUUGGAAGCGGCAAGGAAUACCGUCAAAUCUGGUGGUGGCUUGGAAUCUGACCUGGAAAAUUCUCGUGAGGAAAUCAGGAAGCUUGAAAAGACUAUGGCAAGUCUCGAGCGGACAGUCCAACAGGAACGUUCGCAAACAGAAUAUACCCGUCAACAAUACCAAAAUGCCUCCACUUCAGCUGCGCAAUCGGCAAUGGAGGCCCGUCGGCUUGAGGAAAGAGUCCAAGAGCUGGAAAAGAAAGCAAAUGGCGAAGCAGUCAGGCUUAAAGAACUGAAAAUGAAAAAAGAUGGGGAAAUGCAACUAGCUCGUAUUAAGGAGUUAGAAUCCCUAUUGGCCACGAGAGAGACUCUCUUGACGAGAAAGGAAGAGGAAAUUCGCGAAAUGAAAAAGAACCGCCCGUCGACCCGUGCUACAAGUAUGCAACCCCGGAGUCCCAAACUUGAAGAAAAAAAAAAAAAAAAGAAAAAGGAAAACUAA